CAGGACUAUUGACCAUACUGGCGGGGAAGAAGGUAAUGCAAGAGUCUUCGGAUCUGCAUUAUUUGAUUCUCCGUGUUGUUGAUACAACCUUCACAGUCAGUGUCCUUCUCCUGGAAACCGUACAAGCAGGAAGUAGCAGUUCCUCUCGACCUCCAUAAGGGCAUCGGAGUCAUGGACUCAGUAUCUCAAUAAGCGGGUGAUUGUUUUUGUGCUUUUGCGACUUUCCGAGCUCUAUUCUACAACAUAGAUUAUCUAGAAGUGCUGCCCCUGCUCUACUAGUACUCUAGUACUCGACGUUUUUAACGACCCAUAAGCAUAACUAAGUAAAGGAGAGACUUUGACUUGACUUCAACUUCUAUUUAAGUACCUACACGGAGAGUUGUAUCAAAAUGGAGGUGCUUUCUAUAGUUUCAGAUCUGAACAAGCGGUUGUUCGAGAACAAUCGUGCUAUGGAAGCACGCAUUCGAACGCUAGAGGGAGAGGUGCGAGACCAAGGUGCAGUAAUUGUUAUGGCGUGCGAAGUCUAUUUAUUUGCCACAUGCAUUGAAAUUGAUUAAGAUUUAGGGGAGAACCAGGCAGCUGAAGGCUGCUACGUGCUUCAAAAUGAAUGAAUGAAUUAGAGUAUCCUUGUUGUCUCUCCUAUCGAUCUACUUUUCCUCCGUUGUUGUAGACACCCGGCUGCUUCAUUCGGCUGAUCGAUAAAAGAACUAGUUCUUUGUACAACUCCAAAGUAGUACCACUCUUUGCUGCCCUGAAAGUAGCUCUAGUACUCCCUGAAAGUAGCUCUAGUACUCAUUCUUCUUCUCCUCGCAUAGUACCGCUGCAACGAGUUCUUACUCCACCAAUGCGUCAUACGACUUGCUCAAUGUCCCUAUUUCACCAACUACUCGACGUUCGUCCUGUGUGCCAUCAACUACGCGUCCUCGUUUCUCUUUUCAUAUUGAACCGGUUGAAUUUGCGCAUCACCCAACUGGAGUUGUCCUCUGCGGGUGGGACCGUGGGAGGCGGGAUAGGAGGCGCUUCAACACCGUUCUUGCCAGCAGCAAAAAGGCAGCGCUUAGAGACUGUUGCGGCAGUACCUAAGUUAUGGUCAACAUUUAGCGUCCAUCUUUCUGGGCAUCUUGAUCUGCUCCUUUUGCCUUGUAUUAUUCCUAUGAAUUAUUACAAGGGUAAGAAAGGGUCCGAGAUGAGGGGACCAAGGUGGAUAAAGGCUGAGUCUAACUAAACCAUGGAAUGGCUCGAAUUGGGGAACAAUGGGAACCAAAAAACUUUCCGAAGUUCAAGAGCCCUUUCUUCACGGUAACGACCCGCUCCAGCACGAAGAGAUGCGGUCACGAGUCUUAGACCUACUUUAUGACCAGAUCAUCUGGACUCUUACUCCACUUGUAUAGAAGUCCGCAUCCAAGCUUUAAACAACAAACUUCGUGUUGAUGAAUUCUAUCUUGGGAAACUGACUCUUAAAGUCAUGUUACGAGGUAGCUGAAAAUGCAGCUACACCUACAUCGACGUACCAAUUGUUCAGAACAUGAUCAAGAUGAGUUUUUAUGUAAAUUUCUCAGCAAGUUGUAGAUGACUUCUUAAACAUACUUUCGUAUGUUGAUCUCUGGCCACAACAUCAAGAACACCACCUUCUAAGUUGUGAGUUCGCGGGGGUGUGACCAGCAGUGCAUUGACUACUAUGAGCGGGAAACGUGGACGUGGGCGCACUUUCUGCCAAUGCUAGAAGAUCAGUCAAUUCCAGCACGAAAAGACAACGAGUCAUCCUUUUGGACCUCAGUGAUGCGCAAAUAUAUUCAGGAAGUAGCAGACACAGUUAAGGCCAGCUUUUAUCCAUCUUUCUCGGCAUCUACUUGGUACCCUUUUGCCUUGUUGUAUUCUCAUGAAGAAAUACCAGGCCAAAUAUGGCGUCAAGAUGAGCGAGGAGGCCGACCCGGGAUGCCUCAUAAAAGCUGACUCAUCUAACACAGGCGCCGACCCUAUACUGGAGCAGCGGAUAGUAAGCGCUCUAGAUGCGAGGGACAUCGACGCAGACUGCAAAGAUUUUGUACCGCGUCAUGGCUACUACUUCAACUACAUUGAUUAUAACUUAAACUUAUAUUUUGACAGGGAGUUAUUUGACAGAAUAUUUACGAUAAGUGUUAGCUUCGAAAAUUCUCGUUCUUGUGGUACAUGAUAACCUAGAAGCAAAGUCGGUAAUUAUGAUUUUCUAGGCUUUUUCUUCUACCUACUAAUCUAGACUGCUUGUGGACCACCAUUUACCCAUCCACCUGCUCUUCACCUGUACAGUUUCUGAAGCAUCCAGUCGGUUGGCACGAAGCGUUGCCGUUUUUAGAGGACAUGUCGCAACCUCCACACCGCGAGGGACAGAGUGCGUUCUGGGUUUCGAAGUACAAGUCGAUCCUGUUGUCCAAGGGUGUACAACUAGCAAAGCCAAAAAAUAAAGGCGUCAAGGCUGGGGUGGAUUUGGCGUAGCUACCUGCCUGCGUAGUCUCUUCGUGUUUCCUCGUCUCGUAUCAUGCUCCUCCGCUGUGCGUGUGGCAAUUUUCCCCCUCAUAAAAGUAUCCCUUCAUUAAGUUCCACCUUUAUAAUGCCUAGGGAAGGGGAUUGCCACAGAUAACCUGAACAAAGUCGAGCCACAAAGUACAAGAUGGUUGGUAAUAGUUGCUGCGUAUGACAAGAAAAUGAGAUCCUCUCUUCUCCCCUCUCACCAUCUUACAUCACGACGUUACGAUCACCAAGUUGUUUAUUGAACUUGGAAGAGCCGC